AUUUCUCUCUUUACUGUCGUACUGACUGUUCUGUGAAUAUUUGGACAAAAUCAAAAAAGGAAUCAGUGAUCAGUUCUAAACGAAGGGAAACACUUUCAAAAGGAUUUUGUGAAGUUUGUUUCAGAGUCGACAGCAGAUCUUUGUUGAUUCUGAUGUUUAUUCAUUAUUGAAAGCAACAUUUAGAAAGUGAAAGUAAAGUUCAGACGUUGGAGCUUUUAUAAGCAGUGAAAAUGGAUUCACUCUCUGUGGAAGAACUUUCUUGUCCCGUGUGCUUUGAAAUCUACAAGAAUCCUGUUGUUCUGUCGUGUAGUCAUAGUGUGUGUAAAGAGUGUCUUCAACAGUUCUGGAAAACCAAGAGAACUCAGGAGUGUCCCGUCUGCAGGAGAUAUUCAAGAAAAAAACCUCCUUGUAAUCUGGCAUUGAAGAACUUAUGUGAGUUGUUUGUGAAGGAGAGAAAUGAGGAGGAGAUCUGCAGUUUACACAGAGAGAAACUCAAACUCUUCUGUCUGGAUGAUAAACAGCCAGUGUGUUUAGUGUGCAGAGAUUCAAAAAAACAUACCAAUCACAAAUUUCUCCCCAUCUGUGAAGUUGUUCCAUCUUACAAGGAGGAACUCAAUACAGCACUGAAGUCUUUACAAGAGAAACUCAAACACACAGAAAACAUGAAAGAAGAGUUUGAUAAAUCAGUUGGACACAUCAAGACUCAAGCUGAGCACACAGAGCGUCAGAUUAAAGAGCAGUUUAAGAAGCUUCAUGAGUUUCUCCGACAUGAAGAAGAAGCUACAAUCACUGAACUGAGAGAGGAAGAGGAGCAGAAGAGUCAGAUGAUGAAGAAGAAGCUUGAGGAGAUGAACACACACAUCUCAGCUCUUUCACACACAAUCAAAGACAUGGAGGAAAUGAUGAAAGCCAAUGACGAUGUCUCAUUUCUAAAGAACUUUAAUGUGACAAUGGAAAGAGUCCAGAUCUCACAGCCGGAUCCACAGAUGACUUCUGGAGCUUUCAUUCAUGUGCCACAUUACUUGGGCAACCUGACAUUCAGAGUCUGGAAGAAGAUGCGAGACAUUGUCCACAAGACUCCUGUGAUUCUGGAUCCAAACACUGCAAAUCCAAAUAUGAUCCUGUCUGAUGAUCUGACCAGUGUGAGAUUCAAUUAUAUCAGUCAAAUAUUACCUGAUAAUCCAGAGAGAUUUGACUAUUAUCUGUGUGUUCUGGGUUCAGAGGGGUUUAAUUCAGGAACACACUGCUGGGAUGUGGAGGUUAAAGACAAUAAACGCUGGACUCUUGGAGUAACUACAGCAUCAAACCCGAGGAAGGGAAAUGUUUUCUUUAACACUGAUGUCUGGAGUGUGGAUUAUUAUGAGGAGGAUGAUAAAGAUGAUGAAGAUGAUGAGGCUGAUAAAGCUGAUGAGGAUGAUGAGGAUGAUAAAGAUGAUGAUGAAGAUGAUGAUGAAGAUGAUGAUGAAUAUGAAGAUGUGGAGGAUGGUGUGUUUACUGUCGCACAGAAACUUGAGCGUGUGAGAGUUCAUCUGGAUUAUGACGGAGGAAAAGUGUCAUUCUCUGAUCCUGUAACUAACACACAUCUACACACAUUCACACACACAUUUACACACACACUCUUGCCAUUCUUCUGGAGUAAUGAUGAUGUCACUCCUCUGAGGAUUUUACCAGUUAAAUUCACAGUAAUAUCUGAUCCUGCUCACUGAACAUCUCACAAGUAUUUAGUCAUUGAUGCAAUCUUAGAACAUUUAGAUUUCCAAAGGUUAAAUAUGUCAAUAAUAACUCAACAUAGUCUACAAAAACUCAACAGAUAAGAUUGAAUGAUCUCAUCAGACAUAUGAGUGAGUUUUCUUAACAUGAUUUUUGUCAUUUGUAAGUUCAUAGAAAUCAAUUAAAUGUGAUCAUAUGUUUGAUAUUUGCUCCACACUUCAUCUUUACCAGUUUACUCUCAUCUUAUCUACCAGUAACUCACUGAACCUUUAAUCUAACCAGCUCAGUCUCAUAAAGGGGCAAUUGAAGAUCCAGAAUACAGUGUACAAUUACAGGAUUUUACAAUCAUUUUCACACAUUUGUCCACCCGAUCUCUUCAUUCAGUUGUCUUUUGUAACUUGUAUGUUGUCAAAGCAGUUCAUCUCUCUCCCAAAAUGCUCCACAAUCACCAAAAGAUUUCCUACAUGUCUUAAAAUAAGUGCACUCAACUUAAGUGUCUGUUAUAUCUUCUCAGUGAAGUGUUAAAACUCUGUGAUAAAAGAAUAAAUGAAAGU